CUGGUCACCCUCACUGAGUGUAGUAGGGGGUGGCAGGCCCUACAGACUCUCACCCCCAGGGUGAGAAGCUAGAUGUGGUCCUGGCUUCCUCAUGGUGUCUCCCAGCUCCUCCCUCUGCCCCUGCAAUCCAUUCUUCCCCCCAGGGGCUGCAGGGGUCCCCUCCUUCCUCUGCUCAGAACUCUCCCUUGGCCCCCAUUGUUCUCAGAAGAAAACCCAAACAUCGUGGGGUAAUAGGAAUGUUCUAAAAUUGACUGAUGGUGGAUGCACAACUCGGAAUAUGCAAGAAGCCAUUGAAUUGGACACUCUCAGUGAGUGAGUUGUAUGGGAUGUGAAUUAUAUCUCAGUAAAGCUGUGAAAGAAAGAGAUUUUCCUGGGGACGUUUUAGCCCUGCGCGUCCUGCGUCCUGGGAACCUCUCAAUCCCAGGCAUACCAGAUUGGGAUAGUCCUACCUUGUCUCUCUGAAGAAGUCUGGCCUCUGCAGCCCCUCCAACCUCACCUCCUGCCCAACCCCCCUUCCCGGGCCUCAUCUCACUCCUGCCACUCAUUCAGGCUUGUCCCUGGUCUUCUCAGCCUGGAUCACUGCCUGGCUGCUCCUUGACGUCAUUCAGGGUUAAGUCUAAAGGCCACUCCCUCAGGGAGGCCCUCUGGGACCACCCCCAAUAGGGCAGCCCCCCCUCGCCCCCCCCCACACCACGUGAUGCUUGCUAUCACAUCACCGUUUAUUUCCUUUAGGGCAGAACUGAUCAUUUUCUCUCCCCUCCUUCCACCUUCAACGCUACCACAUGCAGGCCUUCUGGUCUUAUUCAGUGCUGUCUGUCCCAUGUAAGUGGCAGAGGGCCUGGCACCUGGCCACCUUGUAAUAAACAUGACCAAAUGAGGACCCAGCUCAGGACUGAACCAGGUCAGGGCUGUGCAUUCACACACAUGCAUCACACUUUAAAUCCGGGCCCUCACUUGUAUGGGUGGUGCUGGAGUGUGCCCUGUGUGUGACAAAGUGUCAGCCCUUUGCUGGUGCACAACGGGAGCAGGCCCUGAAAUUUCCAGUCGAGUGUGAAUCAAAGUGUGUGUGUGAAUGUGCAAGCGGUUGAGCCUGCCACUAAACCCAGUGUGAAUCACCCUAUGAAUGUGAUUGUUGCGGGUGUUGGGGGGCGGGGUGCACCGGGUGAGCACAAGGCUGUGACAAGCACUCCUGGGAUGACUCCUGGUUCAAAUCCCAAUAGGCCUACUCAUCCUGUGGCCUUGGACGAGAGUCCCGCUGAGGCGCGACUCCUCACUCCUAUACCGCACUCCGUGUUAGGGUCUCUGGGAGGAAGGAGUGAGAAUCUGGCACAGGUCCCCCGCACACACUAGGUGCUGGCUUAGCUCCAACCCGGCCUCCAGGCCGCUCUUGACUUUAUCAAAUGUUGCCCAAGCCUGCUGCUGCUGCUCAAGUCUGGGAGACAGAAGGUAAGUGGGUCACAGGUUUGUGGCCACGGUGCUCCAGGUGGGCACACAGCAUCCCUCAGCCACAGAGAGAAUUCUGGCAGGGUGGUGGCUGUGCCUGGGGAAGAUGAAGCGGUCACCAUUGCCCUGCGAUCCCAGUUUCUCGCUGCACACAAGCAGGGGAAGUGUGUCUGAGCUCACGUCUGUGCGCGUGUCGUCGGGGUGCGCCCCUCCAGCGACUCCGUGCCCGUCUGCGGGGACACGUCCGCCCGUCCGCUCUGCGAGGGACCGGUCUUCUUCCCCGAGAACCGACGGCGGGGCGGGGCCAGGUGCACAGGGGGCGGGGCCCGCGCGGAUGACGUGCGGGGCCACGCCCAUACCUUGGGACAGACCCGGAAGCGGCGGCGGCGGCACCCCUGGGGGAAGAUGGCGCCCUCGGGGCUGAAGGCGGUGGUAGGGGAAAAAAUUCUGAGCGGAGUCAUUCGGAGCGUCAAAAGGGAUGGGGAGUGGAAGGUGCUCAUCAUGGACCAUCCGAGCAUGCGCAUCUUGUCUUCCUGCUGCAAGAUGUCAGACAUCCUGGCUGAGGGCAUCACCAUUGUUGAAGACAUCAACAAACGGCGAGAACCCAUCCCCAGCCUGGAGGCCAUUUAUUUGCUGAGUCCCACGGAGAAGUCCGUGCAGGCCCUGAUCGCAGACUUCCGGGGGACCCCGACCUUCACCUACAAAGCAGCACAUGUCUUCUUCACCGACACCUGCCCGGAGCCCCUGUUCAAUGAGCUGGGCCGCUCCCGCUUGGCGAAGGUGGUGAAGACACUGAAAGAGAUCCACCUUGCCUUCCUCCCGUAUGAGGCCCAGGUUUUCUCGCUGGAUGCCCCCCACAGCACCUACAACCUCUACUGCCCCUUCCGGGCGGGGGAGCGGGCACGGCAGCUCGAGGCGCUGGCCCAGCAGAUCGCCACUCUGUGCGCCACGCUGCAGGAGUACCCGUCCAUCCGCUACCGCAAGGGCCCAGAGGACACGGCCCAGCUGGCCCACGCUGUCCUGGCCAAGCUGAACGCCUUCAAGGCAGACACUCCCAGUCUGGGCGAGGGCCCUGAAAAAACCCGCUCACAGCUACUAAUCAUGGACCGGGCGGCUGACCCCGUGUCCCCGCUGCUGCAUGAGCUCACGUUCCAGGCCAUGGCCUAUGACCUGCUGGACAUCGAGCAGGACACGUACAGGUACGAGACCACGGGGCUGAGUGAGGCCCGAGAGAAGGCCGUGCUGCUGGAUGAGGACGAUGACCUGUGGAUAGAGCUGCGGCACAUGCACAUCGCAGACGUGUCCAAGAAGGUCACGGAGCUUCUGAAGACGUUCUGUGAGAGCAAGAGGCUGACCACCGACAAGGCCAACAUCAAAGACCUAUCCCACAUCCUGAAAAAGAUGCCGCAGUACCAGAAGGAGCUGAACAAGUAUUCUACACACCUGCAUUUAGCCGAUGACUGCAUGAAGCACUUCAAGGGUUCCGUGGAGAGGCUGUGCAGCGUGGAGCAGGACUUGGCCAUGGGUUCGGACGCAGAGGGCGAGAAGAUCAAGGACGCCAUGAAGCUGAUCGUGCCCGUGCUGCUGGACACGGCGGUGCCAGCUUAUGACAAGAUCCGGGUCCUGUUGCUCUACAUCCUUCUACGGAAUGGUGUGAGCGAGGAGAACCUGGUCAAGCUGAUCCAGCACGCCAACGUGCAGGCGCACAGCAGCCUCAUCCGGAACCUGGAGCAGCUGGGGGGCACCAUCACCCAUACCGGGGGCUCUGGGACCUCAAGCCGGCUGGGCCGGAGGGAGCGCUUGGAGCCCACCUACCAGCUGUCCCGCUGGACCCCGGUCGUCAAGGAUGUGAUGGAGGAUGCCGUGGAGGACCGGCUGGACCGCAAGCUGUGGCCAUUCGUGUCCGACCCUGCCCCCACGGCCACCUCCCAGGCUGCUGUCAGUGCCCGUUUUGGCCACUGGCACAAGAACAAGGCAGGUGUGGAGGCACGGGCGGGGCCCCGGCUCAUCAUCUACAUCGUGGGCGGCGUGACGAUGUCAGAGAUGAGGGCUGCCUACGAGGUGACCAGGGCCACCGACGGCAAGUGGGAGGUGCUCAUUGGAUCCUCACACAUCCUCACCCCGACCCGCUUCCUGGACGACCUCAAGACACUGGACCAGAAACUGGAGGAUAUUGCCCUGCCCUGACCCUCGCGCCCCCGCCGUGACCUGCCCUCUCCCUUUCCAGAGAAAUAAACUGCCCCCUUCUCUCUGCCA